CACCAUUUUUAUUCUAAUUAUUUUUUCUUCAAUUUAUAUAAAACACACAAUAAUGGCUCGUCCAGAUAGAAGAGAAUCCAGCCAGAUCCGUGCGCUCAACUGCGUUCUUGGACCACUAAACCGCGUCGACGGAUCCGCCCAAUUCACCUCCGGCAACACCUCCCUGAUCUGCGGCAUCUACGGUCCAAUUGACGUCAAAGUCUUCGACGAAAAGCUUGACCGCGCCCACCUCGAAGUUAAAUUCCGUCCAGACAUCAACGUAUCCACGACAAAGGAUCGGUGGAUCGAGUCCGCUAUCCGCAACACCUUUGAGCGUAAUAUCCUCGGCCACCUGCACCCACGCACUCUUGUGCAGAUUAAUCUGCAGGUUCGGGAGGGGGAUGGAUCGGUGGAUGCGGUGGCGAUUAAUGCUACAACUAUGGCGUUAGUUGAUGCUGGUGUGCCCUUGAGGUGUAUGGUGGCGGCGGCUACUUGUGCGGUUAUGCCCGGUGGUGAGAUGGUUGUGGAUCCGGUGGCAGAAGAGGUCGAGUUGGCUGUUUCCGUGCAUACCAUGGCGUUUGCUGAGGGAGCACCCGGAGGUGAACCGGUUUAUGUUGAUUCAAGAGGAGAUUUCUCUAUGGAGCAGUACUCCAAAUGCCACGAUAUUUGCGCAAUGACUGCUGAACGCAUCCUGGCUUUCAUGCGCACGGCCAUUGAAGGCAAGGUUGCCAAGGAAUCUCAUAUUAGUGCUAUUUAAAGAAUGAAUAAUAUAUAUUUAAAUG